AUGAAGAAGCAUCUGGGUGCCUGGUGGCUGGCCAUUGUCUGCGUCCUGCUCUUUAGCCACCUCUCCCUGGCCAAGGCGCGGGGCGUGAAGCACAGGUUCAAGUGGAACCGCAAACCUCUGCCCAGCCCGGUGCACAUCACCGAAGCCCGCAUCGCUGAGAACCGCCCGGGGACCUUCAUCAAACAAGGCCGCAAGCUCGACAUCGACUUCGGAGCCGAGGCCAACAGGUACUACGAGGCCAACUACUGGCAGUUCCCCGACGGCAUCCACUACGAGGGCUGCUCCGACGCCAACGUCACCAAGGAGGUGUUCGUGGCCCGGUGCAUCAACGUCACGCAGGCGGCCAACCAGGCCGAGUUCGCCCGGGAGAUGCAGGACAAGUUCUACCAGCGGGUGCUGUGGCGGCUGACCAAGGAGCUCUGCGCCGUCAAGCAGUGUGAUUUCUGGCUGGAGAGGGGCGAGGGCUGCCCGGUGGCCAUCGUGAACCGGCCCGCCAUGCUCGGCCUGCUGCUUUGCAUGUGGUUCAUCCUGACCUAA